CCGACCUCCUGACCUUCAGAACGACGUUGCCACGGACGCCGACUGCGAAAGCCUCGCGGCGACGCCCUCGAAGUCCGGCUACUCCGUGGCUGCUUCCUCGCGCGGCGCAGGAGACUGGAACUUCUUGGUCGUGGGAUACGACGACGACGGGGCCCUGCUGGAGGCCGGCCGCGCGCACGUGACCCUCUCAGAUAUAUUGCUCCCUCGGAUGACGAAAGUGGGGACAGAGGCCCUCCAGUCCCUCAAAGUGGAGACGGGAGAAAUGGAUGUCAAAGUGAACGGCUUCCUGUGUCCAGCCAGCACAGUCUGCUACGAUUUGGAGCAGAAAACAUCCUGGAGCCUCCCGAAGUCUGCAGGAUGGCCGCCCCGAAUAUCGAGCAGUGUGACAUGACGGCAGCAUACAUACAGCCAGAGUCUCUGAUCAAUCCGUUGGUUCAGCUGAGCUUCUCCGGGGCGCCUGAGGAGGACCUGAUGAUCACCGCUGAAUUCCCCGAAACGUCGCUCACAAUGGAAGCGAAACUCUACACAAACUCGGAGGUUCUGACACCGAAUCCGCUAACCUGUGAGAUCACAGGCCGGUCUCCAAAGACCUGCACAUUUAAGGCUGAGCCAAAAGUGACGGAAUUUAAGAUUUUGCUGAUGGCGUUAGAUUCUGCAUCAACUGUGGAUGAAUCGACUGUUGUGGAAUUUGAAGAUUUCCAGACUCGAAUUCAACAGCUGACAUCAGAUGCCAUCGAAGUCCGUUGGCGAGCUUCGCACAACCAGAAAUACGACGUCGAAAUCGCUCCUGAAAUUGAAGGCAAAUUCAGCAACACUUCUGUGAUCUGUGGAGGUGAAAAGCCUGAAGACAGUAAAAUGUGCCUGGCUUACUUUAUCGGGCUGAAUUUGAACGAAGAUUAUACUGCAGUGUGAGGGCACAA